AAGGUGUAUCCCAACAGCUGAGAUGCAUGACUGUGCUUGGUGUCCUGUGUCUCCACGUGAGGGAUGAAAGCUGUAUUGUAUUUGUCAGCACAUCUCAGGGUAAACGUGGAUAACCUGCCCUUUUAAAGGGGCAUCCUGCCCUUUUAAUGGUGAUUAAGCCGAUCAUCUUCAUGUUUGGAUGGAUUACAGCCGGUGAUUAGACCCAAAGAGGACACACAGAGAGGGGCGUGGAUCACCUCAACCCCAAACACAGUCGGCUACAAAAGGCCCCCGUCAGCUGCUACUCUCACCCUAAGUCCCAUCGUUGUGUGACUGUGAAGAGGGAUUACCUCUGCUUCACAGUAGACCAGUUGGGCUGAGAGGUUCGUGCACCAGCUGCAAAGAAAGGCUCCAGAUACCUUCGUGUCCAAACACACACACACGUUCAGGUGUCAGAGGAAAUGGGUAAUUCAACAGGAAGCACCGUGGAUGACCUGCAGGCCGUGGAGAUGCACCUCUGGUACAAGAAGUUCAUGACCGAGUGCCCCUCAGGUCAGCUCACCCUGCACGAGUUCAAGCAGUUCUUCGGGCUGAGAGGUUUGGACCCAGAGGCCAACGCCUACAUAGAACAGAUGUUCCGGACGUUUGACAUGAACAAGGACGGCUACAUAGACUUCAUGGAGUACGUGGCAGCUCUGAGCCUGGUGAUGCGAGGAAAGAUGGAGCACAAGCUGCGCUGGUAUUUCAAACUUUAUGAUGUGGAUGGAAACGGCUGCAUCGACAGACACGAGCUCCUCAACAUCAUAAAGGCCAUUCGUGCCAUCAAUGGGAAUGAAAAUCAGGAAACAACCGCGGAGGAUUUCACCAACCGCGUGUUUGACAGGAUUGAUAUAAAUGGAGAUGGUGAGCUUUCCUUGGAGGAGUUCGUUGCCGGCGCUCGCAGUGACGAAGAUUUCAUGGAGGUGAUGAUGAAAAGUCUGGACCUCACCCACAUUGUGGCCAUGAUCCACAACAGGAGGCACAGCGUUUAGGGUCUGUCUAAGUCCUCUACCUCAUCCUCAUUCGUGAAUUUAAACUGAGAGCUUCAGUGUGUCGCCUCUGGUAAAAUAAAUGUUAUUUAUAGACUGAGAUUUCUAUUAAGAUUGAAUCCGGUUUUAUAUGAUGCCAGUGUAUUGUUAACACUGUCAUUUCUUAUUGUUUAUCUCUACGAGUGACACACAUGCACUUUAAAUGCAUCUGGAUGACUCAGUCAACCUUUGCAGACUGGUUAUAGUCCUUGUUUAAUGAUGCUGAGCUCUCCCAAGGCCACGUUGGCAUGAGGGAUGAUCUCUCAGACGGCCCACUUACCCUCAGAUACGCCGAGGGAUAAAAGAGGGAGAUAGUGGAGUAGAGUGGCAAUUACGUGCACUCAACUAUGCUUUCCAAAUCUUUUUUUUUCCCCCGGGUCUGAGUCCCUCUGCAUCAAAUUACUCAAAUCUCUAUUUACCCGUUCUUGCCUGAGGAAGUUUACAGGAGGAAGCUCUGCAGUGCUGAACAUCCACACUAAUUUGAUUAAGUCAACGGCUGAAAGACAGGAACAGGUGAAAGUUUCUGGAGAGAUUUAGUAGUGUGCAAAUACAAAUCUCAAAUGUUUACUUUUUUAUGUUUAAACCUUUUGUAAAUGUUUGAAAUAAAAUUAAGAGGAGGCAAAAGGCAAACUACUAGCUUGUGGUUUUAUAACAACUGCGUGUGUGGUGUUUCUUUUGGCUGAAUGACUUGCUUCCUAUUCAGCAUAAAUACAGAUAUAGAUUUACCUUUGUUAUGUUCGUUGGCUAUGCUCGACUGGUGCCUUGUGAUGGAAGACUGCAGAAUGUAUUUUUUCAGCUUUUGCUCAUUUGUAUAAUAAAAAUGAACACUGAAAAUCAGCUGCGUACUGCGUCACUUAAAUGUGCAAGAUUGGCAUUUCAGGUUUUGCAGCUUCUACACAACAUACAGUCAGAUAUAGUUCAGCCUCAACAUCCCUCAGAAAAAGCCAUACAUUAAUAAUCUGAAUGAGAAACUUUCUCAAAGAAUGACUUAGUAUCUCAAAAAAUUGGAAACUUUAUUUUGAGAUGAGUCUGUAUUUUGAGAAAGUUUCUCAUUUUAAUGACCUACAGGAUCUUUUUUCUUAUCACGGUGGCUGAAAUGGGCUUCCAAAGUAACAAUGACAACAACAAGAAUUAAUCUAAUACAUUUCAAAGCUGGAGUUUCAAAGUUAAGACACAGACCAAUUGUUCCCACCCAGGCUUCUGACCCUUUAUAAUGAUAACAAGGAAACUCAAGACUCCUUAUCAAAAGUUACAUAAUUCUAUGAGCUGUGAUCACUUCAAGGACAGU